CAGCUCCUCUUCCGGUUCGUACCCACAGCCGGCUGGGUAGUGGUGGGGACAUGGCUGAGGCCGUGCGGGGUCCUCGGAGGGGCCGCCCAAAGGGCAAGGCGAAGGAGAAGAAGAAAAGAAGUAAUGAGGACUCCCAGAUACAAGAGCCUGAUGAUGUUUUCCUCCCUCCUGUGUCAGAAAUGUCUUCUCAGGCCCCUGAAGUGCAAGUGGAGCAACCAGGAGAAUUCACAGAAAUUAAGCUCAGUGAUGAAGCAGAGCAUGGAAAAGCUGCGACUGAUUUGUGUGACAUCUCCCUCAGUAAUUUAACUUUAGCAAGCCAAGGAUCUCUGACAGCAGCUGCAGAGCCUUCAGCAGGUGGAGAAGAGAGUAAAGCUGGUCCUUCACAUGAGGAGUGUGGAGGGAAUGUUGAGAAAAGUAAAAAAAGCAAGCUGGACAAACCUCCCAGCUUUGUGGAGGUGGUUGCUAGUGGAUCAGAAAACUCUGAUGUGUUGGGCGAUUCCUUUCAUUCCAGUGCAGCUGCUUCUCAGGCAGUAGUGGGCAUUGCAAGGGGCAAAGAAACUGAGAAUGUACAAGAUGCUAAAAGUCCUCUUGUCAGUUUCUCAGAGAAGCCUCCUUUGAGUCCCUUGCAGCCCUGUGAGAAAUCCAAAACACGUGUUCAUCGUUUGGGGUUGAAAUCACUUUAUCCAGACUUGUCCACUGAGUUGUCCUAUGAGAGACCAACCAUAAUGGCAGUCAAACCAUUGUUGCACAAUGAAAGGCUUUAUCCAGAGCUGCCAACUGAACCUGAACUCAUGCCUUUUACCAGAGAACAGCUGAAAAUUUUUGAACCCUGUUCAUGGCUUGAGAAUGUUGACUCCUAUACAGAGGAAUUUGAAAGUGUUGCUCAUCAGGACAGGCACGAAUUUUAUGAACUGCUCCUGAACUACAUGCGCUGCCGGAAGCAGCUUUUGCUGGCGGAGGUGGAGCUGCAGGCUAUGAUGACAGACUGCCAAAAUAUUAAGGGGAGGUUAUGGACUUUUAAAGAAGAACAGAAGACUGUGCAGGGUGUCUGUGCAGAUCAGUGCAAAGUGACAGGUCACCAUCGCUACCAGACAGUGGAGAUGAAUGGAAGCGUGUUGGGAGAACUGAAAAAGCUGUUUGAAGCCAAAGCAGAGCACGUGCAUCAGACACUGGCACUGCACUCCUACACGUCAGUGCUGUCUCGGUUACAAGUGGAGUCCUAUGUGUACAGGUUGCUCAACAGUUCCUCCCUGCUGAGAUCAGUGGCUCUUCAGGAGCAAGAACUAGUUUCAAAACAGUCUGAAAAUCUUUCUUCAGACUUGAGCCACUUGAAAGAGUGUAUCAGCGUUCUCUUCAGUUUCACUCGCAGAGUUAUUGAAGAUCCUCAGUUUAAGAGUGACCUUCUCAUGUGGCUGCAGAGACUGGUUUCAGUAUUGCAACGAAUUGGCUGUCCUGGUGACCAUCUCUUCCUUUUCAACCACAUCUUGCGUUGUCCAGCUGGGAUUGGUGAAUGGGCUGUUCCAUUUGUUCAGAUCAAAGUCUUGGAUAACCCAUCCGGUGUCUUUCAUUUCAUGCAAUCUCUUGCCUUGCUUAUGUCUCCUGUUAAAAAUCGGGUGGAGUUCAUGUGCCAUAUGAAACCAAAUGAAAGGAAAAGCUCCUCUUCCUCUGGGAAAGAAUCUGGAAACUGGACACUGGUAGAUGAAGGAGGAGAAGAGGAUGAGGAUCCUGAAACAAGCUGGAUUCUGCUUUUGGAAGAUGACCUGAUAGUUCUGUUGUCCCAGUUUCCAUUUCAUGAACUGUUUCAGCACUUCCUUGGAUUUAAGUCUGCAGGUACUUAUUUUCCUGAAAAAACAACUCCUCAAGAGAUGAUGAAGGUUUUUGCUUUUGCAAACUCCUUGGUGGAGCUUCUGUCUGUGGGAUUAGAGACAUUUAACAGAGCACGAUACCGACAGUUUGUGAAGCGAAUUGGUCAGCUGAUCAAGAUGACACUUUGUCAUGUGAGUGACCACUGGGCCCAGUAUGUUAGUGGCAAUAAACUAUAUGGAUCGAUAGGGCAUCUGUACUCCAUGGACAAAUUACAGUUGGAGUUUGAUGAGCUGUUUUUCAGAGCUGUUCUGCAUGUUCUGAAGGCAAAAAGGCUGGGAGUCUGGCUCUUCAUGUCUGAGAUGCCUUAUGGAACAUUAUCCAGUAACAUGCUCUGGAAGCUCUUCUUUGUCAUGCACUGUGCAGAGAGUGAAAACCUGGAAAAGCUCUGCUCUACUUUACAGCCUGCUGACUGCAAACAGAGACUUGAAGAUCCACAGCACCUUGUAAGUUUUGAAAAGUAUCUCCAGUCAAUGAACUGCUCAGAAGAAAUUUGUCUGCUCACCACAUUUGCUCAGAUGGCACAAACCAAACGGGCUGAUGUUGAUGAGGAUUUCAUUAAAAUCAUUGUUUUGGAGAUAUAUGAGGUGUCGUAUGUUAGUCUUUCAACAAGGGAGACAUUUUCAAAAGUUGGUCGAGAGCUCUUGGGAGCAAUUGCCAGUGUUCAUACACAGAUUAUUUCUGUGCUGUUGGAUCGAGUUAAAGAGACAAUUGAGAGAGUUGGAAUGGUUUCUUUGUAUCUGUUUAAAGAAUUGCCUUUGUACCUGUGGAAACCUUCUUCAUCUGAAAUAGCACUGAUUCGAGACUGGUUACUGAAUUAUAGUCUAACUACUGUGGAGAAUAAACUGGCCUGCAUUAUCUUGGAAGGAUUAAACUGGGGAUUGGGUGAGCAGAAGGAUGCUCUUCAUCUGGAUCCAGCCAUCCAUUCUGAAGUUGCAUUGAUGGUCGUCGAAGCAUACCUGAAAUAUCUCUCCCAGAAACCAUACGCAGGAUUGCUUUCUGAAAGCAUAAAGCAGGUCUCUUACCUAGCUAGCAUUGUUCGUUAUGGAGAAACACCAGAGAGUUCCUUCAACCAAUGGGCAUGGGGCUUGAUUUUGAGGUUAAAGCUUCACAGAAAUGACCGUGGCAUACAGUGUGGCUGGCCUGCAGUUCCUGUAUCUGACAGCGUGCUUGACAUGACAGAAUCAAUCACACUUCACCCCCUUCUGAAGGCUGUUAAAGCAGGCAUCCCUAUCGGCUGUUACCUUGCGCUGGCUAUGACCACACUAGGUCACAGCAUUGAGAAGUUCUGUGCUGAAGGGAUCCCUCUUUUGGGUGUACUUGUCCAGUCUAGACACUUGAGAACAGUAGUCCAUGUACUGGAUAAAGUUUUACCCAUAUUUUACUCUUGCCAAUAUUAUCUCCUGAAGAGUGAACAGUUUUUAUCUCAUGUCCAACUGUUCCUUCAGCUGGACAGUGGAGUCCCUCAAGGCAUGACCCAGCAGGUCACACAUAAGGUAACGCAGCACUUGACAGGAGUGAGUUACGGAGAAAAUGUUAAACUGCUCAAUAGCAUGAUACAGACUCACAUUUUCCGAAGUGGCCAGCCAAACGGAGUGGGGCCAACUGCAGUACUGGAGUUCUGGGUUCAGGUCCUCAUCAGCCAGCAGCUGUGGCACAGGGACCAGGCAACGCUCUACUUACUGGAUCACUUAUGUAAAGCUGCUUUUCAGUACAGCCAGGAAGACUGCAUACAAAAGCUGCUUUACCAGCAGCACAAGAAUGCUUUAGGUUAUCAUUGUGACAAAGGUCUGCUGUCUUCUCUUGUUAGCUGGAUUGUGGCAGGCAAUGUGACUCCCUCCUUUGUUGAGGGCAAUGCCAACUCAUCUCAGGUCUGGUUUUCGUGGAUGGUGUUAAAUAUUGAGUCCAUAUUUGAAGAGGAUUCACAGCUUCGCAGAGUUGUGGAGAGGGAGUUAAUUAUUAAUGAUUUGUCUCCUGAUCAAGCUUUGAAGAAAGCCCAGACCCAGCUGAAGCUGCCUGUUGUACCUUCGCUUCAGAGGCUCAUGAUUUAUCGCUGGGCCCAUCAAGCCCUUGCUACCCCUGCUGAUCACCCUCUCAUGCCACUAAUCUGGCAGAAAUUCUUCCUGCUUUACCUUCACAGACCGGGACCACAGUAUGGACUACCUGUAGAUGGCUGUAUUGGAAGACGAUUUUUCCAGAGUGCAGCCCACGUUAACUUAUUAAAUGAAAUGAAGCAGCGCUUAACAGAGGUGGCAGACUUCCACCACGCUGCCAGCAAAGCACUGAAAAUGGAGAGUCCUGUAAAGAGCAGCGACAGAUCACUGGAGAAGGCGAGCUGCUUGCCAGGUUACCUGACUUCACCAGAAUUGCAUAAGGAGCUUGUCAGGCUUUGCAAUGUUUUUAUUUUGUGGUUAGAAGAAGAGAGCUUUCAGAAAGGAGACACAUACAUUCCUUCUUUACCAAAGCAGUAUGAUGCACACAGACUUGCUAAAAUCAUGCAGAAUCAACAGGAUCUGUGGAUGGAGUAUGUCAAUAUUGAACUGAUACACCACGAGUUUCAGGAAGCUAUAAACCUUUGGACACAGACUCAACUUGAAUCACACACACCAGCUGCUAUUCCUGCAGGGCAAACAGAUUUCACCAACCCUUUGUCAGCCAAAGAGAGGAUAAUGAAUAAUUUGAAGAAGUUUGAUUUGCCCAAGCCUCCUCUUUCACUCCAGCCUAUGAAAGCCCCUGUGCCAGUUAUUUCCUCUGCCAGUCUGAUAAAUCAGAAAGAAGCAAUUCAUCUCACGCACACCGACCUUAAAGUCUUGCAGGGACAUGCCAAAACUGCAGCUCUUUGGGAAUCCCAACAUGUUGCUCUGAACAGUGAAAUACUGGACACCCUACCUAAGCUGUAUGUCAAUCGGGAGGAGCAGAUCACCCUCCACCUGGAGUGCCGGGGAGCUUCAAGUAAAGGCUGCCAGGGAGCAGCUCUUGUCACAAUCCAGUUUGAGGGGAAGCAUAAAAACGAAGCAGUGAGCCAGCAGCUUCAUGCUCUGCGUAAAGAAGUGAGACAGCUGCAAGCAGAAGCCACAAAGCCACCUUCUCUGGGUGUUGUGGAAGCAGCAGUGCACGUGGAAAACUUUAUAACGACCUUAAUAAAUAUCUACAAAGUGCAGCCUAUGCCUGCAAUUAAGAAAGUUGGAAUUAGUUUGUUUUUUAUCGUAGUGGAGUACGUGUGUGAUGAAACUCAACGCAAUCCUCCUACAAGGCAGUUCUUCACUUCCUGCAUCGAGAUCCUAGGCCAGGUGUUCAUCAGUGGGACCAAGUCAGAGUGCAAACGCCUCCUCCAGACAAUCCUGCACAACCGAAGGCUCUGUACGCUUCUUUCUCCAUACUUCACUCCUGUUGCUUCUCCUGAUGAGUUUGUGGCUUUAUAUGAAAAAGUUGUGACCUUCCUGAGUGAGGACAACAGUGAUGUUGUCUUCAUGCUGUUGACAAAGGACAUAAUCUUCUUCACUUUGUUUUUUCUAGCAUUGCAGUCCUUGUAUUCAGUUAUUGCUGGACUCUUUAAGCCAUGGAUACUCGUCUUAGACAAGGAAGAUGCAAGGUAUGAAUUUGCAUUAGCAAAAAUUUAUUUAAUUUUUAAUAGGAAGAGCAUUAGUUCUCUUAAUUUUUUUUUUAAUGCAUAUGCUUUGGUGAAUCUUGCAUUUAUGGUUUUUUAUCCUCAAAAUCCUCAAAAUUCAUCCUCUGUAUUCAUGCUUCCCUCAGUUUUUAUCCUGCUGCUAAUUCAAUUAUUUCCUUUGGAUUUAGAUAAGCUGCUGCCAAGCCAUCAUGGUGCUCUCUGGUUGCACCUGAUGCAUUACUGUGGAUGUUGCACAGCCCCCAAAAUGCCAGAGUUUAUUCUCUAUACUUUCCAUGCUGAAUUCAGGAGGCUUCCUUGGAAGGAAAUGCAUCCAGACCAGAUGCUUAUGGAAGAGUUCUUUAAAGUUGAAAGAGGCAGCCCCAAGAGUUGUUUCUUAUUCUUGGGCUAUGUUUUAUGUGAAAUAAACUGGGUCAGCGUCCUUUCUGAUGCCUGGAAUCCAAACCCUCAUCCUCAGACUCACAACAUGAUUGUCUGUUUGCUGUAUAUGAUGGUCCUCUUGGCAAAGGAGGAACAGCUUAUAGGCAAAGAGGAAUCGCCACUCAUAAAUCUUCUUGGACAGACCAGCUCCCUUCCUUGGCAGCUUGUGGGCAUUUCGUCUUAUCAAAGCAUCAUCAGCUAUUGUAACAGUCACUACCCUCCCUCUGUUAUCCUUGCUAAGGAUGCUGCAUCUGAACUGAUAGUGAAGCUCCUGAAAAUCUCAGCAGGCUUUGGCACAUCUUCAGAUAGUCAUGUCCACCUUGAUGCAACACUGAAGUGCCAAGCGUACAUCCGCCAGGUGGUUCAAUUCCUCAGCACCUUGGAACAAAGUGGAAAGAUUACUCUUGCAGCUUUAGAGCAAGAAAUGUCCAAAUUGCUAGAUGAUGUAGUCAUCUUUAAUCCUCCAGAUAUGGAUCUGCAGACACGUCACCUGGCCCUCAGCAGUCUCUUUACGGAAACGCUGAUGAUGUUGAACAAUUCCAGCGUUACAACAGCUGAGUCACUACGGGGGAGCUUACGAAAGUGGAUUGACAGUAAAGUGCACGGAUUGCUAGCAAUGCCCCUUCUGACAGCAGCAUGUCAGAGCCUGGCCUCCGUGCGACACAUGGCAGAGACAACCGAAGCCUGUAUCACCUCUUACUUCAAUAAAGAUCUUCCUCACCAUCAGGAGUUGGGCUGGGGCCCUGUACUUGCCUCCCUCCAAGUUCCUGAGCUAACCAUGGGAGAAUUCCUGCAGGAAUGUUUGUCUUUAGGAAGCUACUUGACUCUCUACGUGUACCUGCUGCAGUGCUUGAAUACUGACCAAACUCUUACCAAUGAAAUGAAAAUCCUGAUCACCAUCAGCAAGUGGCUGGAGCAAGUGUAUCCAAGCUCAGCAAAGGAAGAGGCGAAGCUGUUCCUUUGGUGGCAUAAAGCUAUGCAAUUAUCCUUAAUUCAGAUGGAGCAAGAUGAUGCCAUUGUGAUGGAAUCUGUCGUUCGGACGCUGCUGUCCAUCCAGGGCAGGCAGAGUCAGCUGGCUGAGGAGAGACUCACUUCUGGAAUACUUGGAGCUAUUGGGUUGGGCAGGAGGUCUCCUUUGUCACCCAGGUUUCGGCUAGUGGCCCGCAGUUUGUCUGCCUUCCUCCUCGUGCAGAUUCCUGCAGAGGGUCAGGUCCGCCUGAAAGCAGGCUCAGAACCAAAGCUGGCACAGAAGGCCCAGCAGGCACUGAGUGCUCUUGAAUCAAUGGCAUCAAACAAACAAUAUAUGGAUUUUCAAGAGCAGAUCUCCCAGGCUUCUCUGUUCAUCAAGCAUCCAGAACAUUGUCUUCGAGAUGGCAAUAAUCUUUUGGCUUUCCUUGUAAACACUCUGUACCCAGAAGUGCAUUAUUUGGACUGCAUACGGUAGCAGCACUGAGCUCACAAAAUGAUCAUGCAGUGUUGAUAAUUCUGGUUUACAUUUAAAGUUGUUCUUGCACAAGUAAUUUUUACUUUAAGAGUUCCAUUUGAAGUAAGUCAGAAGCGUGAGUGGGAGAUGCACACUGGCAAAUUUUAUCCUCUUUGAGGUUAUUCUUUUUUUUUUUUUUUCCCUUAAAGCUCUUAGGAUAUUUGGGCCUGUGGAAUUGUUCAGUUUUUAUCAACUGGAAACAGUUGAAUAUGUUCCUGUGCAAGGUGCACAUCUAAGGGGAUACAUGUACAAAUCAUUAGGCAGCAAAGCCCAUUCUUGUUUCUUGUAGCUUCUUACUUUUUUUUGUGUGCCUUUUUCCUGUGUGUCAUGGUUUGAGCCAGUGCAAAGUGAAUGAGGGGCUGUGUAUUAAACAGUUUUUGACUCUCUUAGUAGGAUACGUCUAAAGCUUAUGUGAGCGUAUGUGUGUGCAGGGAGAUUUGUCCCUGCAUUCCAACAGGUGGUAUUUUAAAUUUUGACUCUUUUGAUAUUCUGCAGAACUCUGUAGUUUAAAGGCAUGCCUACAAUCUUCUCCCAUGUCUGUAAAUACAAACUGAAAAUUGAACUAAAGAACUUUGCUUUUUCCUAUUUCCUAAAUAUUACUGAGUCUGCCUUCGUACUGGUUGGUUAAACAAAAGUGAUUUAUGGCCACAUUGUUCCUAUGUCAGGUGAUGUCUACAGACUGAUUUUUCUGCUUCCUCAGUGUCCAGGAGGGAAGUAGUUAUGUUCUUGCUGGAUAAUAAUCCUUAAUUCUGAAAAUCUGGUUGUUCAGGAAUAGAGGUUUAGUAAGUGGACACCACUGAAGUUCAUUCUUCUUAGCUGGGCAUGACAUGGCAGAACUUUAGAUGACACUGUGAAAAGCUGUUUAGCUUGUAUUAAAUCACUUUGUUAAAAUUGUACUAUGAGCCUGUAAAUCUAUUGUUUCAGCUGAAUGAUCACUGGUUUUGUUGCUUUGUCUGAUGUUGCACCUUCUGUUCAUUGGAAGCAGAAAGUGAAUUUCCCUGCUUGCUUGUGUAAUGUUGGCCUUUCCAUGGCUGAUCUACUUGAGGUUGCCCUACAUUCUCAAUCUGUGCACCUGUACGAAGGAAGGAACAGUGAAAGCUUCUCUUUCUGCAUUAAUUGUGCCUUUGUGUUUAGAACAUGUAACCGUGUUUAAGCAUAUGUUAAGGUCACAUGGGGAUAAUAGAUGUUCAAAAAUGGAUUAUUUUGCAGUGUUGCUCUUAACUGUGAUUUUGGUGCUGGAGAGCAAACCACCUUUUUCUUCUCAACAAAUUUGGCUAACUGUGCCAGCUGUGUCAUCAGAUCACCCACAUCUGUGUGUGGUUUUAGCUCACAGAUCGAGCAAAGAACUGUAUGUAUAUAUAUGUACAUCUCUCUGUAUGCUAACCAGGUAAGGGUGAAGCAUGAUUUCUGACAGACUCCUUUGGGAAAGUGAUGCCUGGAAGAAUAUGUUCUUCUGCUUUUUCAACCCCUGCAGAGAGUUAAAAGCACUGGUUUAUUAGAUUCAAUGUUAUUGAUCAAUUGCAUAAAAAAAAUGUGAAGAAUUGAGAGAUAUAUCUAUUUGACAUGCACUUUUGAAAGAAGGUAUUGUUUCAGCUGUUGAGUUUUUACAAGUGUGUUUAUAACAUGCUAUGUCUAGACAAAAAAAAAAAAAAAAAG